AUGAACCAAACAGAAGUUCACCGUCCUAAGAUAGCAGAUGGCAUUCGAUAUCCAUGGUACUAUGCCAUCUACCUGCACACGACCGCCGCUGUACUCAGAUCAAUUGUGUCUUACAUCUCCGGACGCCAUGAAGGGUUUGACAUGGACUUAGUGGUUGAAACACCAGGACUCGGUGCCGGAACAGCCAAAAUCUCCGUAUGCUUACCUCCGGCAGCAGACGACAGGGAAUCGGGAACGACACCUAAACCAUUGCUUCUGGUGGCUGAGGGAGGAGGAUUCGUACUAGGACAGCCCAAAGACGGCAGACACAUUGAUCGCAUGAUCUCUGACGAGACUGGGGCAAUUGUGAUCUCUGUCGACUAUGCAAAGUCGCCACGCUACGAGUAUCCGCAUGCCCUUCUUCAGCUCUACGAGGUGCUGAAAUGGGCGUUGUCCAAGGAAGCACAAACCAAAGGCAUCUUUGUCGACCCGGGCCGAGUAGCGAUAAUGGGCAACUCGGCUGGCGGGAACUUGACUGCUGCUCUAACACUUCUGGCAUCGUUCACGGCUGGACCGUGCGCCAAGUUCAGGGAAGACUUGGGACAGCAAUUUCGACAAGUACUUCAAGUCCUCAUCUACCCAAGUGUUCGCUGCAACGAGCCCUACGCACUUCGCUGGCACGAAGGAGACGAAAAGGUCCGUGAGAAAAGCCUUCCUAUCUGGGCAGCGUCUCUCAUGGAGGCAUCCUAUCUGCCACCGUACGUCGACAAGGAGCAGAUCUUCAUCGCGCCUCUCCUUGCCGACACAGCACUGUUGAAACAGCUCACGCUGCCGCCAGCAGUGAUACUCACUGCAGGACUAGACUGCCUGAAAUACGAAGCACAUGCGUAUGGCGAGAAGUUGCGAGAGGCUGGAGUCCAGGUAAGUGCGAAGGAGUAUCCAAAGGCUAUCCAUGGCUACUCGCAUUAUAAGAAGGACAACAAAGACUAUAGAGCUGACGACGUGGAAGACACUUGGAAGAGGGUCUGCGAGGGACUGAAAACUGCAUUCCAAGAGUGA